CCCACCACGUUCAGCGAAGACUAUAGUCAUGGAUAGGUGCCUGGGUCAAAUGAAGGCAUUUAAGUCAGUAUAUGCACGGAGCACGGUAGUAUUAUGCCGCUUUCAUUUCCUGCGGGACGUUUCACGCAGAUGCCAGUGUUUGUCAAAAGUGAAGAAGGCGGACAGACUUUUGCUCAAGCAGUGGAUGCACCGAUUAGUGUACACGAAGACGGAAUUGCAAUUUAAGAUGCUGCUCAGAGCGAUAAGGGUUAGAAGCAAAGAGGCAUUCACUUACCUCAGUCGUACGUGGUUGCCCUUCUCAGGAAGCUGGGCGUACCACCGGUUGCGCGAUGUGCGUACGUUGGGUGCCUUCACCACAAACAGAGUGGAAAAUGAGAAUAAGCACCUCAAGUGCGGAUUAAGCGAAAGGACAUCGCUGUUGCAACUUUUUGAGGCAGUUGUACGUAGAGCACGCGAUGCGGAAUCACGUUGGACCACGUCACUAGGCAAAUUGCGGAUGUCGAAAUCGCGCACCAUUCCGGCAACAGGGCAGGUGCGGGAGUUGGUUUCCUGCCUUUCUACUUAUGCUGCUGCCAUAUUUAUGCGGCACAUUUCUUCAGAGACGGUCACCUCAAUACGGCCGAACGGCACUGGGUAUGACGUAUUAGAUAAGGGAGACCGAAAGCACACCGUUUUUAUGGGUAAUGAGAUGGCCUGUGAUUGCAGUUUUCUUAGGCAAUGGGAUAUGCCAUGCGCACACAUUGUGCGAGUAGCUGGGAUGUUAACCGCAGACGUUACCCCACUUAUGCACAGAAGCCGUUGGUCGAUGGUGGACCAUCAGUUUCCUAUCCCUGAUGAGGAAACCUUCCGAGCGGAAGUUGAACCGAUGCCCUCCACAUCUGCCUCCACGCACGUCGUGUUAACGCGUGAGGAAAAGUUGUCUCGUGCUAACCGGCUGUUCGGUGAUUUAACCGUUGCCAUGACCAGCCUGGGUACAAUGGCAUUCCUUGAGGCAGAGCAUUUCUACCAAAGCAGCCUAAAUACCUUGCUUCGGAGGCAGAGACUGGUGUCCAUUGGAAAUUGCCUCCCUGACAACGUCCACCAGGCGGACGCUAUACCACAGCGUCCACGGCCCAAGGCAACAAAAAGGAAGCAGUCGCUUUCACCUAGGGUGAUGGAAGCCCCGCAACUGUCAACGGAAACGCACCCCCUGCACUUCCGACGCAUGCCGACUGUCACCUCCGCAGUUUGCAAAACGGUGACUAAACGCGCCAGAGCUGAGAAUAUACAACCUGCAAACAACAACGAAAACGCCUGCAUCAUUUGCGAUACGGAGGACGGACCGAGAACCGGCGGAGACACCGUUCACUGGGUGAUGUGCUGCAAAUGCAACCGGUGGCUUCAUCAGGUAUGUGCCGCAUACACCGCAGACCAGGAGCACUAUACGUGCGUCUUUUGCAUGUGAGUUCACAUUUUCUAACCCAUUUCCUCUUCUUCCAUGCCACUGAGAACGACAAACCGGCCCUUUUUAGGGCCACCCUCUGGCGCUGCAGCGGCAUGACUCCCCCGGAUGGUAACCCACGCUGCUCGGCAGCCGCUGGGUACUACUUCGAGCAUACCGCAUGGCAGUCUAGUGGGUGGCUCUACGAACGACGAUU